AUGGGGCCCCCGGGCAAUAGGGGAUCAUGGGGCCCCUGUGUCCUUGCCCAAACUCAAAAAAGCCUAUGAAAAAGUAUGGGAUCUUAUGAGAAAAUAAAUCUAGCCUGGCCAAUCAAUUCUCCCCCAAAAUGGUCAGUCAUGGCAUGUUCAUGGGGGCCCAUGGGCGGACUGACAACUCAUGGGGCCCCCGGGCAAUAGGGGAUCAUGGGGCCCCUGUGUCCUUGCCCAAACUCAAAAAAGCCUAUGAAAAAGGUACCAGGGGCAUCUCAUGGGGCCCCCUACUGACCCCGGGCCCUCGGGUAGUGCCCGAGUUUCCAAAUGGUCAGUCCGCCCCUGGGGGCCCCAACAACAUA